AUGAUUAUGAAAAUUUUCAUCCAAGCCACGGCCAUCGUCGCCGCCGUGACGGCGGCCCACAUCCCCGUCAGAAGAGCCGAUAUUCCUAACGGCUUCCGCCUCUGGGCCAACAUGACCUACCCCGACCUCCCGCCGGAGUUCGGUCCCGAUGUUCAGGGUCAAGAGCUCAGCUACGUCUCCAAAGCCGAUUGCCUGGCCGAAAUCGUUCUUGCACCGGCCGGUCAAGGAUCCAUCUUCCGCACCGAUGACGACACGGUUGGCGUUGCCCAUCUCGGUGACGAGUCUUCCCCUUCUGCCGGCAUGGUCAUUACCCCUGGUGGUACCGCGACAGUACCGAGCCCGAACACUGUGGAGCUGAGUUGCUUGGGUGGCACCCAUGGGGUUAUUGUCACAGCGGAUGGCCUGGAUUACCCAAAAGAGGCCAGUCCCAACGGCGGAUUCAUGGCAUGCAAGAGGGAGAAUGCUGUCGCUCUGAGCUUCAUCCGAGCUGGCCAGAGACCACUUUUAGGCUGCAGUGUUGUCCAGCUUCUUCCCAUCUACUAA